AUGGAGAUGUUCACGAAGAAGUACGACAAGGAGUGCAUGAAAAUGGCCAUGUUGAAUCACGAGAAGACGUUCAGGGAACAGGUACAGUAGACGUCUGCUUCUUCCUGUUAAUUUCCCUCCUGCCGAUCUCCUGCGUAAAUUUCCCUGGCCUGCUAGGUCAACGAACUCCACAGGCUCUACCGGGUCCAGAAGAUCCUGAUGAGGGACCUGAUGAUGAGCAGCGCGCUGCAGAGGCACCAGCAGGUCUCCGAUCGCCGGAACGGGGACCUCCGCAGAUGGGACCCCGAGAACCAGACGAGCUUCUUCCCGCGGGCCCAGGAAAGGCGGAAGGCGUCGCUGGACCUGGAAAGGCCGGCGGAGGAAUAUGCCGAGGACGACGGCGAGAACGCUGCCGAAGAAGAGAGCGAGAUCGAGCUGACGCUGGCGACGGGUAGCCGCGCGAGGAAGAAGGAGGAGACAUCGCUGACUUCCGAGUCCGGAGCGAGCUUCUCUUCUUCCUCCACCGAAUCGGGUGGGGACAACCCCAAGUUCCAGGACUGGGGUUUGCCUCAGAUCGCCGGCAUGAACAGGAACUUUCCCGGCGUGAGGAGCACCGAGCACCCUCCCUGGCUCUAUCAGUGCUUGAGCCUGAACAUUGCAUGA